CCCUCUCCUCUUUUCUGUGAUUGUUACUCUCUUGUAACACAUCUAAUCUUCUUCACUCUUUUGACCUUAUGUCUUAUUGUGCUGUAAGUGCCGUAAAACUCUUACUAAAACAAACAACAGCAACAAAAAUCCUCUUGUCUUACUUAAGCGUAAAACAAAAUCAAUUGUAUCAUGUACUAUUGUCCUCUUACUUUAGCAUAAAACGAAAACGAUUAAUUGUAUCAUGUACUAUUUUCUUCCCUUCAGCCAAACUAUGGAGUCCGAGGACGGAGGUGCCGAGGAGGGGGCUAGUACUCAGCAGGUGCUGCAGGGGGAGGAGCAACAACAGCUGGAACAGCCGCCUCAACAACCAGCUGUGACCGGCGAAGUGGCAGACUCAUCAGGUGAUGUGUCGCUGGGCGUCUCCGUGGAGGCUGCCUCUGGUGGUGGUGGUGGUGGUGGGGGGGUAGAUGGCUUUCAGGACGGCGUGAGUGGCGGCGGACCCACGCCUGGGGCCCCUCCUGAGGUGCCCGGGGCCCCCCCUGUUGUCCUGGAGGUCCCUUACGAUGACUCAGACGGGGAUGUUGAUGCCCGCAGUGUUAAUGACGCUGCUGCUGAUGGCGGUGGUGGUGGUGGUGUUGGUAGCUGUGGUGAUGCUGAUGAUCUAGGUGGUGGUGGUGAUGUUGUCGUCGCUUCUGAUUCUCUUACCGCUGCUGUUGUGGCUGAAAGUAGCGAUGCUGCUGCAACUGUCGAUGCUGCUGCUUCCUCCUCUGCCACCACAACCGCCACCACAUGUGAGACUAUGCAAUCGCAGGAGGAGGAAGAGGAGGGUUCGAACUCGGACCGGCCAUCUGCCUCUGGCUCGACUCCUAGAGGUGGUGAGAGUGGUGAGAAGGAGGAGGGAAAUUAUAACAAUGCUGGAAUCGAGGCCCGGCAGGAGCUGGAGGUGGCGAAUGGACAGGUGAACGUCGUUCCGAGUGGUGGUCAGAACUCUGAUGAUGUGGAGAUUGUUCCCUCCCUCACAGUUGCGUUGGCUGCGGUGGGCAGGGAUGCGGAGGGGGCGAGUGUGGGCGUCCCUGCAGAUGGCAGUGAUCAGGACACAGGAGAUGAGAAGACGGGCUCUUCUGGCCGCAGUGAACAGAGU